AAUUUAUAGCUGAUAUUAGAUGGUUUAGAAGUUUACUAUAUUUUUGAAUAUUAUUUUUUAAAGUUUACUAGUGCUACAAAAGUUCAAAAUUAUUGUUUACUCUAUCUAAACUACAUCGUAUUUAAAUAUAAUAUCAUUAUUGUAUGAUUUACGGAAGUCGACCGUCCUUAGCGAUUGUUCUUUUUGGCGAUGUCCUUGCGUACAACAACGUAGUACCUAUCACGGGAAGAAUUUUUUUGUGUAACCGUUUCAAUCAUGUCAUUUCAGGAUCCAACGUUUGUCGGCGACACUCCAGAAUUCCAGAACAAACGUACUAACCUGUUCGCCGUGCUUGAUCAAGCAGAAAAGGAUUUGGAAUCAAAAAUUAAAAAAGCCUCGACGGCUGACGCACAUGAAAUACUCAAUGGUCGUGUAGAACGGAGGACUGGUCGUUCGAUGACCAAACAGUUUCGAGGCAAAGAUAGUCUGUUUGUCAAGCCAGAAAUACCACCGUGGCGCAUAAUAGAAAAACACAGACCGCCAGAUUUCAAAUUGCAUCCACACAAAUGGACUAAAUAUUCAUUGGCUGAUGUAAACGAAAUGAAUGACAAGAGCAAUGCAGCUGCUGCAUUUGCUUUUCUUAAAGAAAUGCAAAGUAGAAAAUCUAAAGAUGACGAAAAUGAUGACGAAGAAGGAAAGAAAAUAGUGUUCAAGAGAACCCUGAAGUCCACCGAACCAGAAAUGAAACCGAGUUUUAAGAGUACUAAACUGGUUAUGCCAGAAUAUGAAUUUGGAAAAAAGGUGCAGAAGAAGAAAAGUAAACCCAAACGUACAACAGAUGGUACUACUUCUAAUAAAGAAAUCAAACUUGGGCAUUUAAUGGAAGAUGAAAUUGAUGAAUGAUUCAUAUUUUGUGUUAACUGUAAAUACUAGUUAUAUAAUUAAUUUUAUGUUAAGUCUUAUUAAACUUAUUUUUAACUAAAGAAUUCAAUUUAAUAUUAUGCAAAUAAAUUAUUUAUUAAAAUGUAAAAAA